CAUUAAAUAGUAAACAUAUCAGUCCUGCUGAUGGCUGAUGGCUGUGCAGGAGACUGAGCUCAGGCUGGAGCCGUGACACUGGAAGUGGAUCUGCUCUGCUCAUCAGCUGAGUGGGACUGUAAGGCUGCGGUGUUGCUUCAGCGCUGAGGAUUUCAGUGUGUUCAGGAACAGACUGAGGUAAUAAUCAGCUUUGGUACUUUAUACAUCUAAACGAUUAUGAAUGUCACCUAAAUUUACCCAAACGCACGAAGAAGCAGGACGCACGCGAUUCUUGGGGGGAAAUGCCCACGGUAGUUUUUGUCCGCUUUUUUGAACUUCCUGUUGCUCCGCCUCCUGUGUUUGUCGUAAGCCUCGCGCGCAGUUACGAACCGAGCAGUGAGAUAAAGACGGCUCUUUCUCUCCGCGCGACGAUUCGCUUGGAGCGUUUUUACCGUGCAGUCGAGUGACCACACAACACCAUCACCGUCAUCACUGAGCGCUGAGCGGAUUUUCCUUUCUUCUUCUUUUUUUUUUUUUUUAAUUUUCUUUUUUAAUAUUAUUAUUGCUGUGUCGGGCUGUCGGAGCGCGAGCACAUCCCCAUCGCUGCGCGCGCGGGGGCUGAAUCAUGUCCCUGAGCCCGAAACACUCCACACCUUUCUCCGUGAGCGACAUCCUGAGCCCGCUGGAGGAGAGCUGCUUUAAGAAGUUUGCGUGCAUGGAGGGCGCUUACCGGCAGCCUCCUCCUCCUCCUCCUCCUCCUGCGCAGAGCGCGCAGCAUCAGCACCACCAGCACCAGCACCACCACCAGCACCAGCACCACCAGCAGCAGCACCAGCAGCAGCAGCAGCAGCACGGAGUGAGCCACGGAGCUUAUCACGUGCCGCACGGCAUGGCACAGUUCUCGCACGCGGCGGUGGCGGGAUACUGUAACGGGAGCCUCGGCGGCGUGGCGGAGCUGCCCACUUACCAAGAGAGCGUGAGGAGCGGCGCCGCCACCGCAGCCUGGUACGGAGCAAACCCGGAACCGCGUUACGCAGCACUUCCUAGGUUCAUGGGCUCCUCCACUGCUAUGAACAUGAAUAUGGGCGCGCUCGCGGGAAUGGACGCUAAGUCCAUGGUGACUCUGCACGCGGCUCCGCGCCGGAAGCGUCGCGUGCUCUUCUCUCAGGCACAGGUGUAUGAGCUCGAGCGCAGGUUCAAGCAGCAGCGCUACCUGUCUGCGCCCGAGCGCGAGCACCUGGCCAGUCUGAUCCACCUGACGCCGAACCAGGUGAAGAUCUGGUUUCAGAACCACCGCUACAAAAUGAAACGGCAGGCCAAAGACAAAGCGACGCGCGAGCCGCAGGUGCAGCAGCAGGACGGCGGGGACGCGUGUCAACAGCAGCAUUCACCGAGGCGCGUGACCGUUCCUGUGCUCGUCAAAGACGGCAAACCCUGUCAGAACGGAACCGACACACAGACUUCCGGACAAAAUGUUGCCAUGGCUGCGGUUCCGCUUCAGCAGAGAAGCCAAACAGUGGAGUCUUUAGCGUCCGCAGCGGACGAGCUGGACGACAUGGCGCCGAGUCCUCCCGCGCUGCACGGCGCUCACCUCACCGGCCUGUCGCACCUGGACUCCGCCCUCCUGGAGUACAACAUGGCGGGCUCGAACCUGCUGUACGGCAGAACUUGGUAGGCCAAUAAGCGCUUUGUGUGAGUCCGAGCCGGACGAGGAAACAGCCUCUAAAGACUCCGAGAACAGUUUCAAAACUAGACCGAAAGAAACGCGCAGUUCAUCCUGUACAGAAGCGGGAUUUUAUUAGAUUACAGCCAUCCAGAAAUCUGACUCAAAUCUGCCAGUCGGAGUUUGUAUCCGAACUGUCUGCUGGUGUGGAUGAACAUCCAGGAAAAACCAGCUACUCAUUUUCCACAUCCCUCUCUUCACUACUGUUCAUGAAGCUUUUUGUAAGAUACUUUUCAACUUUUCUUUUUACAUGAACUGAUGAUGCAGAGUAUAAAGGACACAUCUGACAACAGAUUUUAUGCUGUUCACAUGGAAACUUUUUGUAAUUUAAGAAAAAUUCAAAGUCUUCUGCAACGCUUAAGAAUUAAAUUUAACAAUAAAACCAUUCUGAAGAAUUUGCAGCUUUUUACAAGGCAAUGGGAAAUGAAUCUAUUAUUCUGGAAGAUUUAUUUAGUUGGAGCUUUAUAGAACGGGUUUCAAUAAAGUGCUCAUAUUGCGCCAU